UAAUUUCUAUUAUAUAUAACUUUAACUGUAACCAACUAAUAUUAAUUUAUUGGCAUUUUUUAAAAAAAAAAUUUACACUGGCUGUUGGUUCCAUUGUGGCUAAGCGAAUUGUAUGCAAAUUUAGCACAGUUUACGGUAUACACACGAAUUGCGCAAACGCGCAAAUGAUUUUCUUUUUUUACAGUCGCAUUACCUGGCGUGAGCGAACGUUUCGCGUGUGCAGAGCACAGGUGCCGCUCAAAUUUUGUAGUAGCUUAUUAUCCGUUGUAGUAGGAAAAAAAUUAAUGAGCAGUCACACUAAAAUUGACUAGGUGGUAGCGAAUAUCUUGGAGAUUUUGCCACGCUCCAUGUACUUGUGUGCUCCCCACAGCUGCGCUUUAUAGUCCCGCCACCCAUACAUGAUCCCUCAUUGGAUGUGAGCGUGUGCUGACAAUUUACUGCUUCAAAGGCUGGCAAGCAAAUUUUCUCUCUCGUCAUCGCUACUACAAGUAGCACUCAGUGCGCUCGUUCAGCACUCAGUCUAGCCUCAUAACUCGUUUGGAACGGAUGCCCACAACGGAGCAGGCAGUGAAGUAGUAUUACUAAAUUUAAUAUUACAGUGAUUGUGAAUUUUUUCCAUAAAAUAUUUACUUAAGUAAUGAAAUCGCGUUACGCGUGUGCAACUAAAUAAUACAAAUAAAACAGUGUUUGUGUGUGUGUAUAUAUAAUAUAUAAAAUACAUACGUAUAUGCAUUGGAGCAGCGUUUGUGUAUGUAUGUGAUUUAUAUAAAUUUCUUUAUGAUGAGAAAAUUUUAAUCGCUGCAAAGUAUACACACAAAAUUUAAUGAAAAACGCAAGAAGUAAAGCGAAUUCAAAAGUUGUGAGGCAAAACGCUUGCAUAAAAGCAGCAAGAAGCUAAAAAUUUAUUGUAAAAUAAAGAUAGAGUGAAAAAACCCCAAUAAUAAAACAUUAUACAUACAAGUUGAGCAGGAAUAUUAACUAACACAAACGCACCCGUGUGCGUGAGCUGAAGCAGAGUCUUUGUUCGACGAGGCAGUCAGCGCAUUUAGAAUUGAAAUCGUUCGCUAAACAUCGCGGAAGAAGCAGCGCAUAAGUGCUAAAGUGGAAAAAGAUAUAACAAAAAAGAAAAAAAGAGGGUGUGAAAAAGACACCAAGAUAAUUAGCUUGAAGCAAGAAAAUUUGAAAAGAACAACAAUUCCGUUUUUGCUACGGUUACCGCCAAAGUAACUGGAUUUACACUGUUUUACGCCGAAGGGAAUGGUAUAUUUCUUGGGGGAUUGGGGCAUGGGAGAUUCUGACUGUACGUCAUAUCAUCAACAUGUUCCAACAAUACAACAGACCACUUUGCAUGCUCACAGCCACAGCCAACACCACCACCAUCAACAACAAGAACAGCAGCAGCAGCAACAUGUACAGCAAAUUCACGUACAACAGCAGCAAAAUGAGCAGCAACGCCUUGAAUUGCAAUUACAAUUGCAACAACAGCAGCAACAACAUAUUGGCGAAGUUGCACCUACAUUAGGCCAACUAUCGCCCAUUCAGUUUGGCAGCGGCACACCAGAUGCUACAAUAUUGCUGGGCAAUACUCUCACAGCUGUACAACAACAUCAGCAGCAACAUUUAUUAACUAACUCACCGCAACAUGUGGCGAGCAGCACAUUAGUUACAGCCAAUUUGCAACAAUUGUCUGUGAGCAGUAACAGUCGCAGUGAUAAUCACUGUUCGACCCCUAUUAAGUCUACAGUGCUUGAUGCUUUUGAUAACACCGCCUAUCAGCAACUGCAGCAACAGCAACAAUCUAUCCAACAGUUACAACAACAACAAUCGUUGCCAAUACAAGCACAUCCGCUUGCCUCGGCGACAGCUGCUUUGCAUCAGUAUUUGGGUCGUCAACGUUCCGAUUCGUGUUCCGGUAAUGUUGGCAGCUGUACGAAUGCACCUUCAACGCCGACUGUACCAGCGGAACACGGUGGUAAUAACAGCAACGGCAAAGGAUCAACGGCAGCAGUAAAUAAUUUCCUGCAACCACAGCUGAGUAAGGACCUCCUGGAAAGUGAGGAUGAAGUCGCACUGCAGCCGCUCUCCAAUCAGGUCGGUGGUCACACACGUCUUCUACUGUUGAAUCAAUCCACUGUCAUAAAGCCAUUGAAUUUGCGUGAAUUGGACUUCUAUCAAAACAUUCCGCACGAUGUACAGAAGUUUGUGCCCAAAUACAAAGGCGUGAUGCAAGCGACCACAAUGGGCGGUGCGAAAUUGGAAAAACGGUACUCGCCGAGUUUCCGCGAGGAGCCGGUGCGUAAAAUGAGUACCACAAAGCGGAAACGAGAUGAUGUGCUAAGGAUGAAAGUUCAUAAGAAUGGAAAUGCAGCCGAUGUUAUAAAAAGUAUUUCGCAAUUAGACAACACAAAUAAGCAAUAUUUCCUGAUGCUCGAGAACAUCACUUCACAAUUUCGUAAUCCAUGUAUAUUGGAUUUGAAAAUGGGCACACGACAGCAUGGUGAUGAUGCCUCGGCGGAGAAGCGCUCCAAACAAAUGGCUAAGUGUGCGGCCAGCACGUCGGCAUCGUUGGGUGUACGCCUUUGUGGCAUGCAAACCUAUCAGGCGCAUACCGAUCAAUAUGCCAAGCGGGACAAAUAUUGGGGACGCGAGUUGGAUGAGAGUGGCUUCAAGCAGGCUUUGCAUGACUUUUUCUACAAUGGCUAUCGAUUGCGCACACGCGUUAUCAAGAAAAUUGUACAGCGGUUGCUCCAAUUGCGUCGCGUUAUCGAAAAACAAUCCAGUUACCGGUUCUACUCGUGUUCACUACUCAUUGUUUAUGAGGGCUAUGAGGGGAAUCCACAGGCUCAUCCCAUGGAUAUUGAGGAGUGGCUUACACCUACCACGCCGAAGUCAGCUACAAAAUCCGCUACUUUCGACUAUCAUCCUGAUAAUAGUAUUGACGAUGAUGACAUCGACGAUGACGAUGUUGUAGAUGCAGAUGAUGACACUGCCGGUCAUGAUGGUGGUGAUGAGUUGGAGCCGCACGAAACAGAGGAUGAUGACCUGCAUAUGGUUGCAGCGGAUAGCGGUAAUGCAUCGGCGACCAAUAGCAGUACCGGCGGUGAUCCAUGCUGUUAUGAUGCUGAUGCCUCGAACGACUCUACAACCGCAGCCAGUCAGAAUCUCCCUGCCACACGUCGCAAACGCGGUUUGACAGAGGCAACUCUGGAGAGACCGCGUGGCUUCACAGAUGUAGUAACCCCAGUGCGUGGCUAUGAUGAUGACUCAGCUGCAUCAGCCAUAGGUGCCAAUACUGUAAACGAUGCAGUCUCAAUGCCACCACCAUCAAUAGCAGGAUUAAGUACAGAUAGCAAUAAUGCUGUCGCCACCGGUGGCAAUAACACUAAUCCACCAUUCAUUCCAAUCUCCGAAGAAACAGUAUUCCUCGAUCCCGAGCCCCCAAUGCCAAGCGUUUCGACAUCGUCACCACAUUCGGGCGAUUCGUGGAUGAACUAUAGCAGCAAUAGCAGUGAUGAUUUCUCCGGACUUUCUGAGCAAAUCAAAGCGGUCACCAGUGGUCGCCAAACGGGCGAUAAUAGUUCAGACGAGGCAAGCUCUGAUUAUGAUAGCAGCAUAAUUGGUCAAACUGAGGUGAUGCUUAAACUAUACAAAUCUCAGCAAGAAUCCUUCGAUAUUUCGUCUUUGACGCAAACGGCCGACAUGCCGCUUAUGGCGACAACAACAACGGCGCGUCUGCCACAUACCAUCGUCUCAUCUGCGUGCUCUACACCACCGUUGCCACCGGGCAGUGUUGGUAAACUGUCUGCAUCCGUUGCCAACUCUUCCCCCACCUCCUCGACCGCGUCCUCGCUGAAAUCAGUGCGCGGUGCAGUUAAACGUCUGCGUUGCAAAGACGCCGACGAUGAGGAUGAAGUGAAAGCCAGCGAUAAUAAAAAAGACGCUAUAUCGACAUCUUCGCAGGCGAAAAAAUCAACAACCACACUGAGUUUAGGCAGCGUAGUUACCGGCGCGGGGAGCAGCAGUAGUGCUGCACCAGUGUCGUCAACACCGACGUCCGUCAACGCAUCGCCGGUGAAAACGCCGCUGAUGACGCCAACCUCGACAACAUCCGGCACUGAGAGCACAGUGGAUAAGAUCAAGAAUACACUGCUCACUGGCAUGCAGGAGAUACACAAUACGAGCAGUAACAACAACCACUGCAACAACAAACUUGUAAACAAAAAGAAGGCCACAGCGACGCGGCUAACAUUACAACAUGCCUCCAAAUCCCUGGAUAUUGCAGGCUGUCAAGCGUCCGCAACUAACGAAGAUGCACGAUGUCUCGUAGAUGUGCGUCUCAUUGACUUUGCGCACACGGCAUUCGUGCCGCGUAACGGUGGCGGAUUGCUACAGCAGGCAACCUCCAGCACACCCGUACAUCAUGGACCAGAUGGUGGUUUUCUAACAGGGCUAGACAGCUUAAAUCGCUUACUCAACGAUAUUCUUACCGAUGAGGUCUGCGUAUAAGUGCCCUGUCCAUGCUCUUAACUGCGUGAAAUAUUCAAGUGAUCCACGUACAGAUUCGCACCUCAACAUGAUGAAAAAGUGCAAGGAAAGUGCAAGAAGCUUGAAAAACACUUCAAGCGCAGACCUUACGCGUAUUUAUUUUAUACGAUGAAAUACAAAUCCACCAACAACAAUUACAAAUACAACGUAGAAGUACACAAGCGGCACCACCGCCACCAGCCCAGACAAAACUAGCCCUCCUCAAGCCCCUAACCAUUGCACAAUUGACUGAGUAUGCGGCAUGAAUGGAAAAUUUGGAAAAACAAAAACUGUGUGUGAUUACUUAAUGCGAGCGUUUGAGCAACUAAAUUUAAGUGUAAAAUAUAAAUUAAUAACUACAAGUGAUAGGAAAAACUUUUAUGGAGUAAUUGGAAACUGAGAAUCGUGCAACCGAGAGAGAAAUAGAAUGAAAGGGAGUGAAAACUGAAGUGACACACGCACAGCGUUUGGCAGCAAUACCUACAUGUAAUUAAGCUUUUUUAAAUUAACUAUUUUAAAGUGCUACUGACGUAGGGGCAUGUUAUGAGGGCAACUAAACAAAAAUUGGAAAAGAUAAUUUAAAAAAAUUAAAAUGUUUGUAAAAUGGCUAGACUAUAGCUGCUUAUUGACAGCAUUUAAAUUUUUAUAAAAUCCCAUUAACAAAAAAAUAAUAAUAAUAGCAGCAAGAAGAUAUUCUAAAUGUAUAAUUUGGAAGCGUUUUAAGCAAAAAUAACAAAGGAAAUACUAAUCUACAUCUGAAAAAUACAAAUUUUUAAUAACCAAAUUUUUACAGUAUGCACAAAAUGAUAUGCAAUAUAAACAUUAAAAUAAAUGUAACAUAAAUACAUACAUACAUUCAAUAUUAACUUGAUAAAAGUCUUAAUAUCAAGACCUUAACUAACGCAAUUAAUCGGCAAAAUAAAAUACUUGCAAAAAUUGGCGCUGCAACGAUAUUUACUGUCAGCUGAACUUAUGCAAAUCUAUUUUUCGCAGAAUAAAUUACUAACGCUGAAUUGCUAAAAUUUGAAAUGAAAUUGCAAUUCGUAAAUUCGUAAGAACUUUUUCAUUAUGAAACCUGUGUACAUUGAGCAUUAUUUUUUUAGCGAUGAUUUCGCUAAACUGAAACUGCAGUUAACUGUUAAAAUGUACCAUGUCAUUUGAUUAACUAACAACAACCAAUUGUGAAGCAACACCUCUUGCACAAUAAUGGUCUUCCUCUUGCGAAUCAAAUAUGAUGUAAAAUAUUAUCAGAAAAUUAAUAAAUAGAUUCAUAUAUGUAUGCUAUUUUCAAUGGUACACAAGAAUCGAGAUAUUGCGCAAUAAUUAGGAACUUUGAGCCUUACAUUGUGCAUAAAUUGUUUUUAAAAAAUCAAUUGUCAAUCGAAACUUGUAUCAGCAUUCACGCAUAGAGAAUUUUGAAUUACAAAAAUGAUAUGAAUCGUUUUUGUUCAGAUAGUAACAAUACAUCUCUGCUGAGCAUAGAAGAAAAUAUAUUCAUAUACAUAGUAAAUAGUGGUCACUACGUUUACUUUGAAAUUGUUAUUAUAUAAAUAUUUUUUAUUAUAAAACCGAAAAGUCAACGUUUGAAGAAGUUUCUAAAUCAUCACUUCUUUUUUUUUACUAUGCCGCUUCUUAUGUGCAGAACCGAAAAUCUUAGUAACAAUUAAAUAAUUAAAAUAUAAUUUUUCAUCAAAUAAAUACCUAAAUAAAAAAAUGUUGAUGCUGAAACAACUAAACUCAAUAGACAUCCAGACAUUGGAAGUUCCAAGUUCAUACGAAGAUUUCAAUAAUUGUGAAUAAAUUAUAAAAUAAAAUAAAAAUGAUAAAUGAAAUUAUAUAUAAAAAAAAAUUAAAUAAAUCGAAAAAAAUUUAAAUUAUGAAGUAAUUAAUUGAUAUAAUUUUACAAAAGUAAUGCAAUAAAGAACUAAGUGAAACAAAACAAAAUUUGAUGCUAUAUAUGCAUAUAAAAUACAUACAUACAAUAAAAAACAACAAUAUCAAACAGCUGAAAUAUUAAAUAUUCACUAAACACAGUUGAGAGAUAUUCUUUCCUUUUUAGUUACUGCUAAAGACCGAUUUCAAUUUGUAGAAUCUUCAUUGCGCUGUUAUGUAGCCGAUUAAAAUAAUUUCGAAAAAUUAAUUAUAAAUGAUUAAAGUAAUAAAAGUAAUUUUUUUGGAUCUUUUUUCUUUUGUCGGAAACUUCAAAAAUAAAUGACAACAAAGUCAAAAACAAAAUAUUCAAAAAAAAAACACCUUUACAUAGUCCUCAUUAUAAUAACAAAAUGCUAAAUAUAAUAACAUACCUGAGCGUGUAAACAAGGCAACCAAGUUAAAAAAAAAAACACUUUAUUUUAUAACAUUUUAAACGUGCUAUUUGUUAAUAAACCUUAUAAAGUUUAAUUUACUUUUUACAGCUAAUUGUAUGACAAAUUUUACAAAUAGCAAAAAUACAAUUUUAAAGCAAACUUCGUGAGGUUUACCAUUAAGCAUUCAAAGCACAACACAGUAUUUUUGCUUAAAACCCCAAAAAUAAAAAAUAAAAACAUGAAUAGUAAUAAAAUAUACAUGAUUAGUUGCAUAAAUAUAGGCAUAUAGGCAACAGCUAAUGCCGAUGAAGCAACCAUAUUGUGAUUUUUGUUUGAAAUAAAGUGUGAGCAAAUUAAAUAAAUAUAGAAAAUUAAAAGUAGAUAAUGCGGUUGCAUUUAUAAAUUUUGGUUUUAAGAGCUACUAAUGUAAUUGCAAAAUUGUUUAAAAGUAAUAUAUGUAUUUAUAAGAGAGACGUUAACAAAAAUCUUAUUUAAGCAAAUAUAAUAAUUAUGAUUUAAAGUAUUUGUACAAAAUAAAUAAAAAAUAUGUAACAUUAAACAAAUAAAUUUUAAAAAUGAAGGUAAACCUAAAUGCAUGUUAUCUGAACGCAUACGCAGGCAGCUUUUAAAGCCAAAACUUUUAAAAGCAACAGCAUUGAUCUUACACAAAAAAAAAAAAUAAUAUUAAAAAAUAAAAUAAAACUUAAAAAAUUAAACUGACAGUUUCCUUACAAAAUAUAACUUUCUAAAAUUAAUAUCUAGAAUUUAUAUGCCACAAUAAAAAUAUAUUAUUAAUGUAAGUUCAUUAAAAAUCACUAUAAAUACAAAAAAAAAACACAAAAAUAAAACAAAAGUAUUCAAAAAAAAAAUAAUAAUAAAAUAUUACAAAAAAAUCUGCAAAACAAUUUAUGAAAAAAUACAAAAAGUAUGCCACACUCUUAAUAUGUAAUUUAUAAUAAUUAUACACAUUAACAAUGCAAGCACACUACUGUUGUUAAUACUUAAGUUAAAAGCUGCAUUAAUAAUCAUGAAAAAUUAUUAUAUUAUUCUACAAUACAAAUUUAGCGGUUAAUUAUAGACAUGUAGCGUUGUGCGAAUGGAGAAAUUAAUCAAAAUUACAAUGAUCUAUUGGAAAAUUUAAAAUUUGUUCAAUAAUUUUUUUUUUCUGCAAAACUCAUAUAGUUCAACUAUUCCAAACUAAAGAUGUUAAUUUAGUCUUUCGAAUUUUUAAUUUCGUGCUGUGUUUUAUAAAUAACUUUAUGUCGAAAUAUUAAUUGCGGAUUACAUAUUUUUACUUUUGUUUGUUGUUUUUUCAUCAGUAUGAAGUAAUGCUGAUUGUGGAUAUUGUUAAAACAAAUCCUGAUAACAAAAUUGAAUUUCUAUUAUAUAGAUAUUUGUUCAUUAUAAUUUAAAAAUAGCACGCUGCAUUGUUUGAAACCAGAUAAUAUACAAAAUAUGAAAUAAUUAAAUAGAAUUAUGUUUAAUAGCUUUUAUUCGGAAGAGUAUAUACGUUGAAAAAAAUUACCCAAUAAAAAUGUGCCCUUAUUAUUUUCAA